GCGUAUGAUGUUUUUGCCAACCUGGGCAUCAGUCGUCUGUUGGAGCCAUCUGACAUGGUUCUGCUGGCCAUCCCUGACAAGCUGACCGUCAUGACGUACCUCUACCAGAUCAGAGCCCACUUCAGUGGAGAGGAACUCAACGUGGUGCAGAUAGAAGCCAACAGCAGCCGCAGUACAUACAAGGGUCCCCUGAGCAAAUGUCCCCGUGUGAGGUCAUCAGUGUCUCUGAGAAAAUGUUCCCAUGUGAGUUCAUCAGGGUCUCUGAGCAAAUGUCCCCGUGUGAGGUCAUCAGGGUCCCCUGAGCAAAUGUCCCCGUGUGAGGUCAUCAGUGUCUCUGAGAAAAUGUUCCCAUGGUCUCCUGAGAAAAUGUCCUCGUGUGAGGUCAUCAGGGUCUCUGAGCAAAUGUCCCUGUGUGUGGUCAUCAGGGUCUCUAAGCAAAUGUCCCCGUGUGAGGUCAUCAGGGUGGGAGACUUCGAGACAGACACCAACGCCUCCAUCGGCCAGGACAAGUUCUAUGCUGAGCUAAACGUCAGUGACGCUAAUGCCCAGACCACUGGAUCCAGUGGGGACGUUAGCAUCGGAGCUAGCGCCACCAAUGGAGCCGUGGGGAAAGAGGAGGAGGAGAUGGAGGUGGUGAGGAAGAAGUCCUCCCACCCCAGAGCCGCGCCUCGCUCCCUUGCUACCACACCUCUGGGAGACGAUCGCCGUCAACUACAACUACCCCCGAAGGCAGUCACCCUGGACCUGAGCCAGCUCCCUCUGAGGACGGAGAGAGGGAUGGAGAGAGGAUGGGAUGAGGGAUGGAGCCCGGACAAAGGGGCCCUAGAUUCACGGUCCCCUACACGGCAAGGAACCUCGGGCACCCCAGGGGCCUCGCCUCCCUCCUCCCACAAGCUGGGCUUCUCCUACAACCGUGAUGCUGACCUCAUCAAGAAGAAGAGGGCCAGCCUCCGUCACUCUGAGUCUGAGACCGCCUCCGACUGCAGCAACCCCACCCCUGACAACCACGCUGACACGCCCACUAAACAGGAGCCAACGCCCAUCCCCAGCUCCCCAGUGGAAAAGAAGGUGCAGUCUCGGCAGGAAGAGCUGAAGGAAAGAGCCAGGCUUCUCCUGGAGCAGGCCCGGCGGGAUGCUGCCAUGAAGGCCGGUAGCAAGCACACAGCCAAUUCAACUAACUCAGCCCCAGUUAAAACACCACAAGUCACUGACGAGAGAGACGUGGAGCGCCGGAGGCAGCUGAGGGAGAGGGCCAGACAGCUCAUCGCCGAGGCUCGUUCUGGGGUCAAGAUCACAGAGAUGCCCCUUUACGACACGACCGCUGACCGAGGGAGAGGCAAAACCACCCCUACUGGAGAUGUGUUGGAUGGAGAUGCAGGUGAUGAUAAUGGGGGUGAGGAGGAGGAGGGGGGGAGAGAUGAGGAAGAUCACCAUGAUGAAACUGUGACAGAGGCUACUGCGGUAGAUACUAACCCUCCUGAGGCCCCUCCGACCUCCUCCACCAUCCAGGGGCAUCAGGAGUCUACUAACCCCAGCUCUGAGCUAACCUUUCUGGGUGUGAACAGUAAACCCAUGGACUUGAAGCUAAAGAUGAUGGAGGUUCGACCUGGAGGACCCAACUCUUCCUCCUCUCCUUUGUCCUCCUCUUCCUCUCCCUCCUUCUCCUCAUCCACCUCGCCACUCAGCCCCACAGAGAACAAUGCAGAGCGUCUGCGCAGGGCGACAGAGAGACUGCGUGGUCCUGUAGUCUUCAGUCAGGAGCCAGCUGUCAGGAAAACACAGCUGAGGUCCUUCAGCCAGUAUGUGGAGGUCAGGCCAGAGGUAAAGCGUCAGAGAUCAGUACCAGAGGAUCAGAGACGGACGGGCGAGGAGAGAGGACUGGCACCAGACACCGAUGCUCGCAAGCCUUAUGAAGAUGAAAAGGCGUUCAAAGACACCAGUCAGUACGUUGUCGGGGAGCUGUCUGCUCUGGAGAGCGAGCAGCGCCACAUCGACACCCGGGCGGCGCGCGUGGAGAAGAGGCUACGCUAUCUCAUGGACACAGGUACCAAGCCCAAUUACACUGGAAAACUGUUUUGGCAAAUUGAGCGUUUCACACAAACUCUCACGGAGUUGGGGAAGUGUGUGUGAGGCUGUAGUGUCCCAAAUGACACCCUAUUCCCUACGUACUGCGCACUACUUUUAUGGAGCCCAAUGCACUAUAUAAGGAAUAGAGCUCCAUUUGGGAUGCAGUGUGGAAUCUUUGAAGCAGUGAAUGUUGU